AUGAACGUUAUCUAUCAAGCUGAUUUUCGUGCAUUUGCCAGUACAUUUUUUCAAUUACUUGCCACAUUCUGUUCACAUACUCAACGAUCAAUACAUGAUGCAGUGGACGAUCUUCGAUCACAAACUCUUCUCACACCUAAUGUUUUAUCUUUUGAAUCAUUGGAUGUUGAAGUUCAAGCUAAGAGCCAAUUUCUUCGAACAUCUACAGCAAAUAGUCUUGUUCGAUUGCUUGAACUCGUACGUAGCACAACACAUACCAAUACACUCUAUUCAGCAUUUCAAACAUCUGAACUGUUACUUAAAACGACCACAGAUGAUGGCUUGACGACAUUGAUCGAAACGGGAGUUAUACUUUUUCCAACCAGUUUUACGGAAUGUGAAUGUUCAAUAACGCCUACAUGUUCAGUACCAACUGGGUUUUUCAAUGAUAUAAACAUUGGUAUUAGCGCGGGCAUUGCCCCUGAACGACUGAAUCCGAUACUUGUAAACGGCAUAUUAUUUUCAUGCUACUCAACCGAGUCAUUACUUCAAUCGACGCUUGAAUGUUUCUUCAAUCAAUCGUGUCUUGAAACUAUUCUGCAAUUUUUCUCAAAUUGUAACACUGUUAAUAUCGAUGUUCUUAAUAUAAAUCAAACUCAUUUUGCGGCGAGUACAACAAUUAAGAAAAUCAUCAAUCAAUUGUUUAUUGAGAACUGGUCUGCACAAACUUUGUUCACAAAUUAUUUCACAUCGUGCGCGCCUAUGUUGUGCACAUAUACCAUUGAAAAGCACAACAGUUUUUUAUAUGUAAUAAUCAAAUUAUUGGGUAUCUAUGGUGGACUAACUGCUACUUUACGUGUAUGCAUUCCUGUUAUUGUUGGUUGGUGGCGAAAAAGGCGAGUCAACACGCAAAUAGAAGCCAAUUCAAGUACGUAUUUUAUAUAGAAUAGGUUCAUUGAACAAUUUUUGACGAGAUGUAAAGAAAAUACAUAUUUUGUUUUUGCUUCGAUAGAAUCUGAAUUGAAAGUGUGAAAAUUGGAUUUUGUUAUACUAAGCUUAGAAUAUUCAAAAAGACCUUUCAUUUACUCAUAUUGUUUAUUGAGUUCAAUUAUUGAUAAAAAGUUAAUCUUUUUUAAGAAUAGACAAAAUUUUUUAAAGAAUAUCACAGAUAUUUUAUUUACUAUAGCGAAUAGCGUCCAGUAACUGAGAUAUAUAGUAAUCAUUUGAUCGAUUUAAUGAUUGAACACGUUUUGAUAAUCGCAUAGUCUCACAUAUAUGAAAACUUUUGAACGAAGAAGCAUUCCAAAUUCAGUUCUCAUCAAAGAGAUUUUCAAAUUAGAAUCGAAGUCAUAUAAAAGUUGUAUACAUGUAAACAGAAUGAGUUGAAAAAUCCCGAGAAAUUCGAAUGAAAACCAAGGAUUAAUAGUAUAUAUUCUCACUAAUGUUUUUUUUGUUUGUUCAGUAUGAAUUGAUAUGUGCACUGAUUAGACAGCUUAUGUCAAUGAGCGUUUGUCUAUUUUGCCUAAGCAUUGCAUCUGUGUCUAUGCUGAAUUGACUGCACAAUGUAAUCAUUAUGCCAUUGCCUUCUAAAACUGGCCAUACGAGUCAAAAUCAGCUUUCUUACUGCGGGAAAAGACUAACUGUGUUGAAUAUCUCUAGGAAGUUUCUUUUUUAUGGUUAAAAAAAAACUUAGUAGUGAGCCCUUUACACACCUAAUGAUUCUUCAUGUGCGUUUCAAUUUCAAUAAUAUAUAUUCUAAAAUCUCGGUAACAGGUUUUUCGAUAAUAGUUGUAAAGUGUGCAUUAUUGAUUAUUUGUAUGCUUUCAAAAGCUAUUAUUUGAGCUGUAUAACAAAGGGUAUGGAUAUGGAUGAGAUAUAGAUCUCUGUAUAUGUGAUUGUUUUUAUCUUCUUUAAGCCUACAUGUCAUAUCCAUAU